AUGGCCAACAAGUCCAUCCUGACUGAGAAGACUACCAUACCGACACCCACAGAUCAAGGCAACAUGACAACCGAUAAGCAACUGACAGUUGUCAUCGCAGGGGCAGGCUUCUGUGGCCUGACCGCUGCAAUCGAAUGCAAGCUAAAGGGCUUCAUUCCCAUCUUGGUUGAGUCUUACCCUACCAGUCGGACCCAAGGAGAUGUCCUCGACUUUAUGCAUAAUGCCGGUCGCCACAUGCUUGCCUGGGACAACGGUUCUGUUGGCAAGAAGCUCUUGGAAACUGGUGUUCACACGGCAAAGACGCUCGACUAUUACUCUGCCAAGGGUGAGCUACUCUAUGAAGAGCCGUGGACCUUCCACGAUUCACAUGCCCACACGCAGUUUGCCGGACACCGUGGCAAGCAGCAUCAGAUCCUGGUCGAUUACGCCGAAAAGCUUGGCGUCGACAUGCGGUUCGGCCCACAAUAUUCUGUGGUCGAAUACAUAGACUCUGACUCUGAGACUGGCGUUUUGACCAAGGGUGGCGAGAAGAUUCUUGGCAGCCUGGUUCUUGCCUGCGAUGGACCUCGCUCUCUGGCCCGUUCCCAGGUUCUGGGCCUGCCCGACCAUAAAGUGAACAGUGGCUACGCCAUUUACAGAGCCUACUACGACAUUACAGAGGAGCUGCGCAACAACAAAUUGAUUUCUCAACUGUGCAACCCUGAUGAAGACCAAGCUGCGAUGUUCAUGGGCAAGGAUAUGCACGCUUUUGUCUACACUUGGGGCAAGGCCACGCAACUAGCUUGGGUUUUGACACAUAAGGACGAACACGAUAUUGGGGAGUCAUGGUCCUUCCCUGGAAAGGUAGAAGAUGCACUCGCCGAUCUCGAACGGGGUGGUUUCUCCGAUUUCCUAAAAGAAGUCGUGAGAAACACUCCUCGUGACCGCCUGGUUGACUACAAACUCGUUUGGAGAGACCCAAUCCCUACCUGGCUCUCUUCAACAAAGAGGAUUGCAGUGAUGGGGGAUGCAGCUCAUUGUCAUCUACCAACAUCUGCGCAAGGAGCAUGCAUGGCGGUUGAGGAUGCCGUCACCGUGGCCAGAUGCUUGGAGCUAGCUAGAGGCGAAGUUGAGCUUGCACUUCAGGUAUUUGAGCGCCUUCGUUACAAUAGGUCCCAUGUCAUUCAUAUGUCGUCACUGUCAAAUCGCGACAGAGCUCAUUUGGUUGAGUGGACCCCAGAAAAGGCCAAAGAGCAUUAUGAUAGCAUGACCAUCCCUCACGAUGACUGGAUCAUUGAGUUCGAUUGCAAGGCCGAUGCGGAUGAGCACUUUGAACGCCUGGCUUCCGAAGUGAAAAGCGGCAAGACUGGCACGAUACAGCAACUGAGCGUGCCAGCUGGAGGUUCAUUUGAAGACAUCCCUGAUCAUAUUAAGAUUGAUCAGCCUGCAGUGGCAAUUGCCUCAACAAUUUCAAACGAGCCAGUCAGGUCGUAG